AUGUGUCCUAAAAAGCUGAAUUAUGCAGGCGGUGACAAUCUACCGCUCUACGCAACUCCUGAGGAAGCAAUGCGAGAAAGUAAAAAGAGAGAAGAGGAAGAAAGACGGCGAAGACAAAUAAAGUACGAUAUGAAUGGAGGACGGGCAGGUGCAUAUCCUCAGUCGAUAAACUCAAGAGUUCAUUCGGCACCUACAAGCUCCUUAAAUAACAACGUACCACGAGUGCAAUCUCAGGGCAUGCCACAACAAUAUCCAAUGGGCGCGCUGCCGCAACAACAUUACAUUCAGCCACAGCCUGCUCAUCAGGGAUUGCCAAUUAACCAAUAUGUUUCUUCUAACGGUUCAAGGGCAUCUUCUAAUGGAUAUGCGCCUGUCGUUCCUCAGCAGCCCAGUAAAUCGAGAAGGGUACCUCCGCCAAGGGCUCCUCAAUGGGCUAUGCCAUCUCCAGUUUUGGCUCAAAACUCUUCAUCUCCCUCCGGGCAAGGUGUGCCUCGUAAUUCAAUGGGAAGUAUUGAGAGCAACCCACAACAAGACGCCCACGACGUACAGAUAGCAACGCAGCUAUUUCACAAUCACGAUAUUCGUAACAAUGGUAGACUGACGGCAGAAGAACUACAGAAUCUUUUGCAGAACGACGACAAUACCCACUUUUGUAUCUCAUCGGUAGAUGCGCUGAUAAAUUUAUUUGGUGCCUCUCGGUUCGGCACGGUAAAUCUAAAUGAAUUCAUCUCUCUUUACAAGAGGGUAAAAAAAUGGCGUAAAGUUUAUGUGGAUAAUGAUAUAAAUCGAAGUUUCACCAUAUCUGUGAGCGAGUUCCACAAUUGUUUACAGGAACUUGGCUACUUGGUUCCUUUUAACGUAAGUGAAAAGCUGUUCGAUCAAUAUUCAGAGUUCAUCGAUCCUAAUAAGAAUGGAAAAGAGUUAAAGUUUGACAAGUUUGUGGAAACGCUCGUAUGGUUGAUGAGACUCACAAAGGUUUUCAGAAAGUACGAUGAUAACCAGGAAGGUGUCGCUACUAUUCAUUACAAAGACUUUAUUGAUGUAGCACUAUAUCUCGGUCGGUUUUUGCCCCAUUGA